AUGAGUACUUUAUCGGAUAUUUCGAGCAAAUUUACCGAAGCGGUAUUGGAGGAUAUCAUCAAAAAAGCUGGUGGUACUAAAUAUACAUCGCAUAAAUUUGGUAAAGGUUUCAAAAAAGGUGAUUCAUAUUUGAGUCGUGUAUUUCGUUUGUGUGUCUACGGUGUCAACGAGGAUAAUGGCACCAACAUUGAAGUCAAUCUCAUUUGCAAGGGUAUGCCCGAUAAUUUGGCACGCCGUAAAGUAUUUCGUUCAGCCGAUUUCUUUCGCAACGAAAUUAAUUUCUAUUUAAAAGUUGUACCUGCCUGGGAGGAAUUUCAAAAGCGACGCAAUCCCACAAAUCCCUUUACCGAAUAUCCAAAAUUAUAUGCCAGCCAUUGUGAUGGUGAAAAUGAUUUUGUGGCAUUGGAAGAUGUUAGUUUCUUGGGUUAUGGAUCACCCGAUCGUCAAGGUUACAUAACACUGGAAGAAUGUAUGCUGACAAUGCGUACAUUGGGUAGAUUCCAUGGUAUAUCUCUGGCAUUGAAUGCUUUGGAACCGGAAUUGUUUGAAAAGACCGGUAAAUGUUUGGAGGAGACCUAUUAUGCUGAAUCGAAUCGUAAAUGGUAUUUGGAUUUUAUGAAAUUGGCAUGUGAGGUGGCCAAAGAUGCUGUGAGCAAAUCAUAUCCCGAAAGUAAAUAUGAAACCAUUGCCCAUAAUUAUUUGCAUGCCGAACAAUUGUAUGAUGAUCAAAUUAAUUUGGUGUCAACUAAAUCAAAAUUAACUGUUUUUGGCCAUGGUGAUUGUUGGACACCCAACUUCCUGACGCGUUACAGCAAGGAUGGCAAACCGGAGGCCAUUAAAAUAAUUGAUUUCCAAUUGGCCCGCUGUGCCUCCUUGGCUGUGGACAUAUCCUUCUUUAUUUAUUCCUGCACCAGUCAUGAAUUGCGUGAAGCCCAUUAUGAUAGCCUGCUUAAGGCCUACCACGAGAGUGCUUGUGAUUUAAUUAAAGAUUUGGGUGCCAAUCCUGAAACCGUGCUCUCCUGGCAAUCGCUAUUGGAUGAAUUGAGAGAUUUUGCCCGUUUCGGUUGUGGCAUGGGUAUUGAAUCGCUGCCCAUGUCCAUGUUGGAAGAAGAUGAAAUUGCCGAUCUAGAUGAAAUAAGUGCCGAUUCGGUUUUGGUAGACGUGUGGGAUUUGAAACCAUUCAAAGAGCAACAUAAACGUCAACGUAUUGCUGAUAUGUUUAAGCAUGCCAUUGAUCAGGGUUAUGUUAAAUAAUU